AUGCCGCAGAGGGACGUGGUGUCGUGGAACUCGCUGCUAAAUCUGUACGGGCAGAAUGGCGAUGCCGUCCUGGCCAAAUCUAUGUACGAUAGCAUGCCCGAGAGGGACAUAAUCUCCAUGAACGCCAUGGGUCAAGCAUAUGCCCAGGCCGGGCAUUACAAAAGUGCUAAAGAUGCCUUUGAUCGAAUGCCACACCACAGCGUUGUGUCCUGGAACGCUAUGAUUAAAGUCUACACAAUGGCCGGCGACACUACACUGGCUCUCCAGGCUUUCAAUGAUAUGAAGCAAAGGGACGUGCUUUCGUGGACGGCUUUGCUCUCAGCAUAUGCCCUGGCUGGGCAUCUGGAGGAAUCUCGCUCCUUGUUUGAGAAGAUGCCACAGCGGGAUCUGGUGUCGUGGAACGCUAUCGCGCAGGCUCAUGCCCUCGGCGGCCAAGUCGAACGGGCGACGCGAAUAUUCUCGGACAUGCCCGAUCGAGAUGCCAUUUCGUGGACCGCAAUCAUCCAGGCAUAUGGACGGACUGGGAGCCCGGAUAGAUCCAAGCAUUACUUUGAUUCCAUGCCUAGAAAGGACGUACUGUCCUGGGUGGCCUUGCUCCAAGCAUAUUCCCAGGCGGGAGUCCUUGACACUGCCAGUAGAUUGUUUGAGUUGGUGCCAGUGAGGGAUGGAGCAGCACACAAUGCGAUGCUCCAGGCAUAUGCCAACACUGGGAAUCUGGAAGAUACUAGGAGGAUCUUCCACGCAAUGCCCCAGCGAGACAUCGUUGCCUGGAAUCUGGUGAUCCAGGCAUAUUCUCAGUCGGGUAGCGCACCGGGUGCCCAAAUGGUACACGAGAAGAUGCCCGCGUGGGACGUGGUGUCGUGGACGUGUACGAUGGCCACCCACGCGCAGUACGGCAGAUUCCAGGACGCCAAGGGAAUGUUCGAGGAGAUGCCCGAGCGGAAUAUCGUGUCGUGGACGGCUAUGAUUCACGCGUACGUCCAGGCGGGGAAUGUCCACCAGGCCCGGGCCAUGUUUGACGACUUGCAAGGGAAAGAUUCCAUCUCGUGGAACACUAUGAUCCAAUCGUGUGCCGCGAAUGGCCAAUGGGAGAGUGUGCUGGAGCUCUCCCAUUUGAUGGUCUUGGACGGCCAUAGACCCAACGAGUUGACCUUUGUGGGGAUCUUGACCGGGUGUAGCCACGUCGGCAUGCUCGAGGAGAGCCGGUCCCAUUUCCUGGCCAUGCAAGACGCGUACGGACUGGCCCCCAUUGUUGACCACUACUGCUGCAUGGUGGACAUUUUGGGCCGCGCAAAGCAGCUGAAGGAGGCCGAGGAGCUUAUCGACACAAUGCCGUGCGUUCCGUACCCCGUGGUGUGGACCAUCUUGUUAGGAGCGUGUAGGAUCCAUGGUGACGUGGUGAGGGCCGCGAGGGCUGCUGACAUGGCGGUGGCGAUGGAUGCCAGCCAGGAGGAGUCCGCGCCCUACAUUCUCAUGUCCAGUGUGUAUGCCGAGGCCGGGAGGAAGGCCAUGUCAUUGGCACGUGGCAGGGAGAAAGAAGCCAGCUAG